AUGGAAAGGUCUCGUACGUUUUCUGGUGUUGACAAGACGGUGAUUGAAUCCCUCCCUUUCUUCAGAUUUUCAUCUUUAAAAGGCUCCAAACAAGGCCUUGAAUGUUCAGUCUGCUUAUCAAAAUUUGAAGAUGUUGAGAUUCUCAGACUCUUACCCAAAUGCAAACAUGCUUUUCAUAUCAACUGUAUUGAUCAGUGGCUUGAAAAACAUUCCAGCUGCCCUCUUUGCAGACAUAAAGUCAACGCUGAUGAUUCUUCUCUCUUUGUUUAUUCUACUAGCAUGAGGUUCUUGAACCAGUCUGACUUCGGAGAAGAUUCCAACAUAGAGCUUUAUGUCCAGAGAGAAGAAGAAGAUCAACGUCAUGGGUCUUCAAGAUUCAGUAUUGGAAGCAGCUUUAGGAAAAUUACAAAGGGUAAUUUUGAUAAGGAAGAAGCAAGUUUGAUCCAACAAGAGGCUGAUAACCAGCAAGUUUUACACAAGUUCAAUCACAAGAUUAUGGUGUCUGAUCAUGUGGUGUUCAAGAACCGGUGGAGCAGUGUUAGCUCUUCUGAUCUUAUGUGUUUGAAUUCUGAGAUGAUUAAUGGCAUGUCAAGUGACAGAUUCUCUUGGAAUAUCGAACAAGACGAGGUUUCAACAAGAUCGAGAACAGCAGAAAAUGAAGAAAUUGCAAAGAUUAAGGAGGAGAUUGAGAGGAAGAGAUUGUUUGAGAAUAAGGUUGGAAGUAGCUGUAGCUCAUUAAUUAACAAAACUAAUUCUACUUCAGAUUCUUUGAUUAUUACAUCAAGAAUCAUAAAUCCAUCAGACAGAAGAUCAGUGUCUGAGAUCACUGCAGUUUCAAGACAUGCAAACAGAAUUAAUGAUUCUGAUGAAACCAAUCAAAAGCAGGAGAGAAUCAGACGGCUGUGGUUGCCGAUUGCUAGAAGAACAAUUCAAUGGUUUGCCAACAGAGAAACUAGAUCUCAACAAACCACACACCAUAUAGAUGUAUAG